AUGACACUAAUUGUGGUCGUGUUGAUAAUGGUCUGUAUUAUUGUCAUCAUAUGGGAGGACCUCUUAGCAGACAAUGUGGACAAACCAUCGCCACAUCGACUGCACCACAGUUUCGAUGAUUUAUUGGUCAACAAGUCGUCGGUGAACAUGAAUCCAAUGGAUCCGUUGACAGAUGUGUUGAACUCAAGUCAACUGAAGUUCGUGUCCGAACAGAACACUCGGACUGAGUCCAAGUGUUGGCGAUUCCAAGACUACGAAGUGUUGUCUUCGUGUGUGACUUGUGAUGACACAGACAUCACAUCCAGACAUCUGACUGCUUGCAAAGCCAAUGGAUUGAAACAACUCAUUAAAUGCCAAUCCAUUGAUGAAUUGGAUGAAGACAUCCAUAUCUGCGGUGUCUGUAAGCAGUCGUUUGGAGACAUCAAUGCGUUUGUCAGACAUAAGAAGGUCUGCAAACACGACAAGAAGAGGGUAUCAAAUGCCGCACCAAAUGAGUCCAACACUAAAAAGAUACCAGAUAAUGCGGACAAACACUUAGAAAAUGAAUCGGAAUUAGUUCAGUCGACCAUCACUUCGACUGGAAGUACAAUCUUCUACUCUAACGGCGCCUAUGCAUCCAGCGAUAGAAGUAGUUUAGUGAAGCACCAGAGGAUACACACCGAUGAACGGCCCUAUAAAUGUCAACUCUGUAGGUAUGCCAGUCGUAACUCAAGUCAAUUAGUGGUGCACUUACGGACUCAUACAGUUACUUCAUACAAGUCGGCCAUCAAAGGCAAUCUCCAAAUGCAUUACAAACUCAAUCAUUCCGGUGAGAGUCAAAUGCAAUGCAAUGAAUGCCAAUUCGUGGCCACUUCUAAGAAGGCUCUCAAAGAGCACGUCAGAGAUCACAACUUGAAGUCCUUGUCCUGCGAUCACUGCAAUUACACGACUGGUUCCCGUUCAGCGCUCAACAAUCACAUCAGAACCCACACCAAUGAGAAGCCCUUCCAGUGCACAGUCUGUGACUAUGCCUGUCGUCAGGCCUGUAAUCUGAGCACUCAUAUGAAGAAAAAGCACCCGAACUCUGGUACGGGUUUUGUAUCGAAACCAAGACCUAAACCGCGAAAUCAAAUACGUUUGAGAACUGGUGGUAAUGCGUCCAAAAAGACGGGUUACUGUCAGACGAUAUUUGAGUGCCAUUUGUGUGACUGUUCUUUCGUGAGAGAAGACUCUCUGCGAAGUCAUCUGCGACACCAUCAGGACCUCAUCCCCACUACCGGUGCCGCUCUCGCUAUACUCCAACUCCAACACGAGAACCAAAUGAACGAACAAAUGGCAGAUAACGACAAACAAACGCAAGUAAUCGCCGAAAGGACACAACCGCAGGAACUCGAGUUGGAAAUGGACACCAAUGACAAACCCGAUGAUACCAUUGCUGUGAACAGUCAUCUCUACCGAAGACUAAUGCAUGACAACGUGGAGGCUAAUAGCGAGCACUCAUACAACCGAUCGAUACCACCGAAGGCCAACUCACGAAGAGGUCGGCCGCAGAAGAGGUCUCGCAGUCAAGUGCUGACCAAACCUCUGGAGUUGGUUCCCUCGCCCACAGCGUCGGGUCAAGUGGUCUACCAUUUGCCACAAUCGAUGCGUUUGGUUUCAUACGUUCCCAUCGGAUCCAACGCCAACUCCGUGGACACAGUGUUCGUCAUCAACAGCGACUCCAUCGAUGGCAACACUGACUCCAUGACGACAACCAUUAUGAACACCAAUUGAUUGCAUUUUGCACUCAAUUUAUAUACAAAUUAUAUGUUUUUAUUUCAAAUGUUAUAUAAAUUGACAGACAUUUGGUUAACCAUUAAAAUGAUG